AUGAAUGCCCCUGAUCGUUACGAGUCCUUUGUCCUUGCAAAUGGCGAGAAUAAGGUUGAAAUGGAAGUCGAUACUCGUAUCCCAUCUUCUGCCAUAUUCACUUUCAACAAGGAGGACCAUACUCUCGGCAACAUGAUCCGCUCUCGUCUCUUGCAGAACUCUCAUGUUCUCUUCGCUGGCUACAAGGUGCCCCAUCCUCUUGUUCCUAGUUUCAUUCUCCGUGUCCAGACCGAUGGGGAAAUCACCCCGAAACAGGCCGUCAUCACUGCAUGUAAUGAACUUGUCAAGGAUCUGGGUAUUCUCUCUCGCGAGUUUACCAAGGAAUAUGAGCUUCGCAAGAUGGUCGGGGCUACCCAGCAGCAGUCUGGAACUCCGGAUGAACAGUAG